UAAAAAAUGCACAUCUUGGUUGCAGUUACCAACCUGACUGGUUGCUUGUGAUCUACAUGUUCGGAAGAGUUUCUUUCUGAUUUGUCUUUCAUUCUGUCAUUUAAUGAAACCCCAGAAGGAAAUGACUGAGGCGGAGCCAUUGGUGUAAUGGGGACUGGGUUUUUGAUUGACUCAUCUUUUUCGCCUUGACUGAAGGUUGUACUUCGCGUGGGAUCAUGCUGUUGGAAUUUUACACGUUUGUUUAACUUUUGAUUAUAGUUACAGACGCGCGGGUUGCCUUCGUUACGUUUGACACACGAAGACCAAAGGAUUUGCAAGGAGGCCAGAGAAGGGGAAAAAGGAAGUUUAUUUUAAGCAUUUAAAGCUGACUCCAUUAAUUAUUCUUUUUCCAAUAUUCCGUGUGAAAAAUUCAAUAAACAUGGAGUGCUAAAAUCCACCAAAGGGGGUGUCUUUAUUUUGGGAGAGAAUUCUGAAUUAAAAUGUAACUCACUUAACAUUUCCUGGGAAAACCAGAGAAGUUUUUUUUUUUUCUCUCUCUUUCUUUUUAUUUGAUCAUCCUAAAACUGUUAAACUUUGAGUGUUUUUACCAAAAUUAGUGGGACUUGCAUUACAUAAUGUGCAGAAGAGCUAAGAGUCUCCUGCUAUGUUACCAAGACACUGGUUUUAAAAAAGAAAAACAAAUUAGUUGGAAAACUCCAGGUAGUUAUCAGAUUUCAAAUUUUUUAUUUAGAUGCUAUGUUCUAAAGUGAUUUUUUAAAAAAUACAUCAUGAAAAAUGUAUUGGCCAAGUCUCAUGGUAAGCCAGUGUCUGCAUAUAUAAGUGAUGGAAUGAAAAGCAGCUGGUCUAAAGGUGUGCUGCCAAAGUCAAACAUGCCUAUUAAUGUCACAGGUAGCUAAUACUCAGUGUUUUUUGAGGUGCCCUGUUUUAUUUAUACUCUGUGGCAUAUGACAAGGACUAGUUAUGGUCUUUGAGACCAGUUUGAUGCUGUAAGAAAAUGAAACAAAUUGUAAGGCAAUAGUUGCUGAUUCUCAACCAUUUUAUUUUCAAUCUCAAUUUGGUGUUACUUCUUGUUGGUACCCUUGAGGGUUUGUUAGCAAUUUAUACAUCCUGAUUUCAGACAGCUGAGAUCUUGCUAGCAGACUAGGGUGUGUAGGUGACAUAUACAUAAAUUCAGUGUAAAUCAUAUUAUUCCAAAGUUUCUCCAUCAGUUCAGAAUUCUCUCCCAGAUAGACACCCCUUUUCUUAUUCUUGCACAAUGGAAGUCUUACAAAAUCCUUUCAUGAUGAACUUGAUCCGCAAUGGUGCACCUGUGGACUUGCACUAUGACUAUUCCUCUGAACUAUUUCGUAUUUCCACCUUUGCUAAGUUCCCUGCUAACGUUGGUGUUUCAGAGAGAAGCCUAGCUCGUGCUGGGUUUUAUUACACCGGUAUUGGUGAUAAGGUGCAGUGCUUCCUCUGUAACAUUACUUUGGAAAAUUGGCAGCCUGGAGAUUGCCCAGCUGAGAGGCACAGACGACAGUCCCCCAGCUGCACUUUCAUUCAAGGUAUCCCUUCCAGUGCCAGUCUUCUUUCUUCUUCACACUCUGCAUUUUCUCCACCUGUGCAAAGCCUUUCAGCUCUUCAGACAUCCACUUCUCCCCCAUCAAUCCAAAUAGAAGAUGAGUUGAGCUAUUUCAGUCACACAUUUUCUAGCAUGCCUUUGAGGAGUCUUGAAGAUUUGUGUCACCGCAGUAACCUCUCUUCCAACCUUAAUAUGCGUCGUGAGCAAGACCGAUUGGACACUUUCCAAAACUGGAAUGUAAGCAACGUAAUGCCUUCAGAAUUGGCCAAGGCAGGAUUUUACUAUACAGGACAGAGUGACAGGGUAAUGUGUUUUUCUUGUGGUGGAACUUUAAGUAACUGGGAACCAGGUGAUAGAGCAGUUGUAGAGCACCAGAGGCACUAUCCUCAGUGUCGCUUCAUGAGAGGAGAGAGAACAGAGAAUGUUCCUCUUACACCCCUAUGUGUGUCUAACCCUGUCAUGCAGCUUUAUGAAGAACGAUUAGCUACUUUCAUCAACUGGCCAACAAGGAUUCCUGUACGCCCUGAUCAACUAGCAAAAGCUGGCUUUUACUAUGUUGGUCGUAAUGAUGAUGUCAAGUGCUUUUGUUGUGAUGGUGGACUUAGAUGUUGGGAAUCAGGUGAUGAUCCUUGGGUUGAACAUGCUAAAUGGUUUCCAAGAUGUGAGUACCUUCUUCAAGAAAGGGGUCAAGAUUUUGUGCACCAGAUUCAAGCCAGAUUCCCUCGUCUCUUUGAACAGCUCCUUUCUAAUGGUGAUAACAAUUCUCGUGAGUUCUCAGAUCCUCCAGGGUUUGAAGAGGAAAGGUCCGAAGAUGCAGUUAUGAUGAACACACCAAUAGUUAAAGCAGCACUUGAGAUGGGAUUUGAGAGAAAUCUUGUAAAGCAAACUGUCCAAAGCAAAAUCUUAGCUACAGGAGAAAACUACAAAACUGUCCAGGAUCUUGUUACUGACCUACUUAGUGCUCAAGAUGAAAAAAGAGAAGAAGAAAAUGAACGAAUUGCAGAGGAAAUGGCUUCAGAUGGAUUUACCUUCUUGAAAAAGCACCGUGCUGCACUGACUCACCGUCUUAAAAGUGUUAAAAGUUUAAUGGAACAUUUGCUUGAGCAAUCUGUAAUUGCCCCAAAGGAGUACGAAGCCAUCCAUAGUGCCUCCUCAGACAAACAGACAGCGCAGCUUAUUGAUGUGGUUCUUUCUAAAGGAAAUGCAGCUUCUGAAGUUUUCAAAAACUGGAUCCAGAAAAAUGAUGUUUACUUGCUGAGGGAGUUAAUGGCACAAACAAAUGAUUCAUUUUCGCCAAGUCAAGAUAUAUCAGAUUUACCCAUGGAGGAACAGUUACGAAGGCUACAAGAAGAGCGUACCUGUAAAGUUUGUAUGGACAAGGAGGUUAAUAUAGUUUUUAUCCCUUGUGGACAUUUGGUUGUUUGUAAAGAGUGUGCACCUUCAUUACGCAAAUGCCCAAUUUGUAGGAGUGUUGUUAAGGGGACUGUACGCACAUUUCUGUCCUAGACUGAUUAAUAUUGAUGGAAUUUCUUACUCUUUGCCAUAAAAUCCAUCCAUGUCCACCAGCACUUUGGAAAUAUUGUGGGAAAGUUUUAAUUAAACAUUUCUUCAGUGUUUAAAUGCUACGUUCAGAUGUUAAAUUACAAAAUGCCUAUCCAUGGAAUACCAUUUUUACACAUUUCUGUAUCUUGCCUUUUGAGUUCCUUGUAUUGUCAUGGUUUGUGUGUGUAUGUGCGCAAAUGUUUUAAAAUUGGUGCCUUUUUUUAAGUGACAGGAUAUGUGUAAAAAGAAUUUGAUUAUCAUAUUAUAAUCAAAGAGUUGCGCUGUAAUCCCCAACUACCAGUACCUAAAUAUGAUUGAUGUAAUUACAGCUGGCCUUGCUUUGACUUUUUUAUUUGAAUGGAACAAAGUGCUUCCUAUCAAGACUUGUUUGUAUAGUCUUGAAUCACCAGCCACUUUCAAAGGAUUCAAUCUGUCUAGUAGAUUAAAUGACCAUAUUACUUCUGUGUUUCUAAAGUAUGAAUCCACAAAUAUAAAAUUAUGGUGUUCACUUUUAUUUUGGUUUGUGUGUCUAGUAAAGAGGAACAGAUUUUGCUUUCCAGGGUUACUUGUCAAAAUGUCACUUCCUUUUUUUUUCUUGUUUACACCUAUUUAUAAAAUGAAGUAGCAGUUUAUCAUAGGUUGUUACUCACACUUGGCAUUUCCCAUUUUAAGGAAACCCAUUCAUUAAGUAAACCACCUUGACCUCUUUCAGGGUCAUAGUGAGUUGUAGUAACAACACACAAGUCAAAUGAGCUGACAUGCACGUCAUGGAGAUAUGAGUCAGAAGCAGUUUUCAGAGAAACUAACAGAUACAGAUCAACAAGGGCCCUGCAUCUUGAGGCAGUCAUGUAAACAAUGGUACCAUCGCAACUUCAAAUCUUUCUAAGGAAAAAUGUAGUUAAAAUGAGAUCAACAAAAGUCCACAAAUAAGGCAUCUUGGCCUGAAAAGAAACAUGAGCUUUAGUAAACUACAUUGCUAUAUAUGUUUCUACAUUGGACUUGUUAAACGCAACACACUAAUGCUAAAUGUUGGUUUCAGAUGCAAACAGCCAAUGUUUUCUUUCUUGUUUUUUGUCAGCAUUUAUAAAAAAAAAAAAAUGUUUCUGAAAAUACACUGUUCAGCAGUACUCUAACUGGAAUGAGGCAGUUCUGUAUGGCCUGACCUUGGUCAGCAUGUUUAUUGUGUUAUCACAGUUUAGCGCACAUGUUGAAAGGCAAAGCUCAGCGCCGAGUCAGCUCAGGCCUGUUCUUGCCUUUAACCUGGAUUUAAUGUGAUGACUGUUCAUAACAGCAGACUUCCACAUUCUUGUAUACUGAAUGUCCUCUCACCUACUAGGUUGAUUGAUUUUUAUUUAUUUAAUUUUUUUAACACGUUACUCUUCCUUGAUUCAGAAGUAGUAAUUUUUUAUGUCAGUAGGGGAAAAAAGACCUCCAAAUAUGUAGAAAGAAACCAGGUGAAUUUAUAAACCGUGGGCUUAUUUAUGUGUUGCCAAAGUUGUCAUUCUAGUAUUCAAGAGGCUGCUUAUGACAUUAUAAAGCUCCACACCAUUUCGAAACGUUUUUUUAUCAGUUCACAAAAGCAAGAUAUUUAACUGAUGGCUUUUUUCAGUUCUGGAUAAUGGAGGAUGUUAUGUAUUUACAUAAAUUCUGUCAUGUCAUAAGUGUGUUGUCUAGCAUUCCAUAAUUUAUAUCUAAAGCUAACUUCAAACCUUACUGACUGAAGGUGAAUAACUAUACUUAAAUUAUAAGUUAGAUAUACAUACGUAGUUUAGGAACAACAGAAAAAUAAAGAAAUCAGACCUGCCAUUACAUCUCAGUGGCAAAUAGCUGAUCAUAAAUUAGGUAGACCAUUCGGGCUCACAUAGACUACCCGAGUAUGUUGAUGCAUCAGGUUAACUGCUCAACUACGUGAAGGUGAACAGUUUGUUUCCAUCUGGUCAAACUUACUCAUUUCCGCAUACAGUUUUCAAACAGAUCAUCCUAGAUGGAACAUCUAAGCUCGAUGCUUGAAUUUCUAUUGACAUUCAAGAGCUUAAGUGAAGUAAAAUCUAAUCAUUUGUAAACCUACCAAGUAGAUGACUGGAUGGACCUUCAGGCUGGGCAGUCAGAAUCAAGAUUAUAGAAAAUUUGUGACUUUGCAUUUUUUUUAUUAAGUUAAAUAAAACUACAGUAAAUGUU